UCGAAAGCGAAAGCGAAACCGCUCGAGCCGCACCGGGACGGCGACAGCGGCAGGGAAGAGCCACGGAGCUCCCGCUGGAGCCCGGAGCUGCCCCCGGGCCGGUGCCAUGGCACUGCCGCUGCUGCCGCUGCUCUGCGGGACCGCCGCUCUCCUGCUGCUCCGCGCCGCCGCCGACACCGUGCACUGCAGCCCCCCCAAGGCCGUGGCCAACGCUCACAUCGACGCCGGGAAUCGCACGGAGCUGAACUCCCGCCUGCGCUACUCCUGCAAGCCCGGGUACAAACGGAAAGCCGGGACCUCCAGCCUCAUCCAGUGCAUCCUCUGGAACGGCUCCGAGCCCCGCUGGACCGACCCCACCCUCCAGUGCAUCCGAGAUCCAGCUCUUUCCAGGGAAACCCCUGGCCCGGCGAGCACAACCCAGAGGGGAACCACCGGUGCCAGCCCCAAUUCCAGCCCCUCUCCAGCUUCCAGUCAGUCCCCUGUGCCACCAGCACCUGAUGGGCUGUCACCAGAUGGAUCCAGGCCACCAGAGAUGGUUCCAACACCGGACACAUCCACGCCGGGAGAGGGGACGACCCCGCUGCCCAUCCCGCCCACGGAUUAUGCCGCAGGUUCCAUCCAGUCCGUGGCCUCUUCUGUUGGUAAGCUGGGGAAAAAAAAACUUCUUUGGGAAACAGGGGCUUACUUCAACUUUUUUAAGCUUAAAAUCCCUUUUGGGGACUGUGGGAGCUUUCUUCCAUGGCCGACGGGAAUGCCACUGAGCGGGGGAAGGAUUCAGCACCCAAAUUUCUUCCUGGCACGAAGAAUUCCCAAUUCCCUCCCUCCAGGGAAGGGGAGGGAUCUUGUGAUGGUGCCUGGAGUGGUUUUGGCUCCUUAUGGAGCUACUUUGGUGCAAUUCAUCAGCCAUGGGCUGGGAGAUGCUCCUCACCCCGAGUGUCCAUCCCACAGGACUCCUGGUGCUGCUGGCCAUCGGAAUUGCGGCCGUCUGCUGCUGGAGGAGGAGGAGGAAGUGAGUGCCAAACCCAGGAAUGAGUUUUCCAAGGCUUCUGUGCUUCCCAAAGAAAAGCCUUGGAAUGCCACUGACGCUCCUCUUCCCCCCAUAGAUGCACCAGGAGGGGCUACACGGUGACAGAGAGGGACAUUCCCAUGGAGGGAAUUCCCUCUAGGAACGAGGAGGUGCCACCUCCUGUCAUUGUCCCCACGGGCUGAGCACCCACCCUGGGGACACUGGGCGCACCCACCACGCCGAGGGAUGCUGGAGGAUGGAAUUCUGGAUGCUUCCCUGAGGGGUGGCCGAGCACAUGGAGCAGCUCUUCCUGGCCUGAACAUGGAUGAUUCCCAUGGAUGACCCCAAAGCCACUGAGCCAGAGCCAAAGGUGUUGGGACCGUGGCACCCCCACAGAGCUCAGGGAUCCUCUGGAAGCACUCAGGAUCCCGAUCCCCACCGGCUCACGGGGAAUCCAAGCUGGAGCAGUCUCUCCACAGACACCAGCAAGGACCAAACACCACAAUUUAGGGAAUAUUUUCCUUUGUGUGUUUUUAUCCCUCAGCAGUUUUUAUCCAUUUGUUUCCUUAGCCAGGUUUUAUCCACGUGUUGUUUCCUUAUCCAGGUUUUAUCCGCUUGUUUCCUUACAUUCUGUAAAAGGCAGCUCUUUAUUUUUAUGUAUAAAUAAAUAUAUUUUAUAUUAAAAAUAA